AUGCCCGCGCGGGCUCCAGGUGCGAGCCGCGUGAGUGGGCGGAGAGCCCCGGCGCCUCCCAGAGGCUCCGGGCGUGCAUCCAGAGACCACCCCGGGCCCUGCUCCUCCCCGCAGGCGGGGGGAGAACGGGCUCGCGUUCCCGCGCAGGCCCCACUCGACCCUCUCGGGCCUCGGCUAAUCGGGCUGCGGCGGAAGAUGGCGGCUCCCGCGGCUCCCGCGGCUCCCGCGGCUCCCGCGGCUCCCCCGGCUCCCCCGGCUCCGGCCAAGUGCUCCGAAGCGGCGCUAGCUGCCGCCUUAGCGGACGUGCCCGAACUGGGCCGACUCCUGGAGGUUGACCCGUACCUGAAGCCCUUCGCUGUGGACUUCCAGCGCAGGUAUAAGAAGUUUAGCGAAAUAUUGGGCAACAUUGGACAGAAUGAAGGUGGUAUUGAUAAGUUUUCCAGAGGCUACGAAUCAUUUGGCGUCCACAAAUGUGGUGAUGGUGGCUUAUACUGCAAAGAAUGGGCCCCAGGAGCAGAAGGAGUUUUUCUCACAGGAGACUUUAAUGGUUGGAAUCCAUUUUCAUACCCAUAUAAAAAAAUGGAUUAUGGAAAAUGGGAGCUGUACAUCCCACCAAAGCAGAAUAAAUCUCUACUGGUACCUCAUGGAUCCAAAUUAAAGGUAGUUAUUACUAGCAAGAGUGGAGAGAUCUUGUAUCGUAUUUCACCAUGGGCAAAGUAUGUGGCUCGUGAAGGUAGUAAUGUGAAUUAUGACUGGAUACACUGGGAUCCAGAACAUCCAUAUAAAUUUAAGCAUUCCAGACCAAAGAAGCCAAAGAGUGUAAGAAUUUAUGAAUCUCAUGUGGGAAUUUCUUCCCAUGAAGGAAAAAUAGCUUCUUAUAAACAUUUUACUUGCAAUGUACUACCAAGAAUCAAAGACCUUGGAUACAACUGUAUUCAAUUGAUGGCAAUUAUGGAGCAUGCUUACUAUGCCAGUUUUGGGUAUCAAAUCACAAGCUUUUUUGCAGCUUCAAGUCGUUAUGGAACACCUGAAGAACUAAAAGAACUAGUUGACACAGCUCAUUCAAUGGGGAUCGUAGUCCUCUUAGAUGUGGUACACAGCCAUGCUUCAAAAAAUUCAGAAGACGGAUUAAAUAUGUUUGAUGGGACUGAUUCCUGUUAUUUUCAUUAUGGACCUAGAGGGACUCAUGAUCUUUGGGACAGUAAAUUGUUUGCCUAUUCCAACUGGGAAGUUUUAAGAUUCCUUCUGUCCAACAUAAGAUGGUGGUUGGAAGAAUAUUGCUUUGAUGGAUUUCGUUUUGAUGGUGUUACAUCCAUGCUGUAUCAUCACCAUGGAAUAGGUCAGAGUUUUUCAGGUGAUUACAAUGAAUAUUUUGGACUACAAGUUGAUGAAGAUGCCUUGAUUUAUCUCAUGUUGGCAAAUCAUUUGGUUCACACAUUGUAUCCAGAUUCUAUAACAAUAGCUGAGGAUGUAUCAGGAAUGCCAGCUCUGUGUUCUCCCAUUUCCCAGGGAGGUGGUGGAUUUGACUAUCGAUUAGCAAUGGCAAUUCCAGAUAAAUGGAUCCAGCUCCUUAAAGAAUUUAAAGAUGAAGAUUGGAAUAUGGGCAAUAUAGUGUACACUCUCACAAAUAGACGCUACCUUGAAAAGUGCAUUGCUUAUGCAGAGAGCCAUGAUCAGGCACUGGUUGGUGAUAAGACACUGGCAUUUUGGUUGAUGGAUGCUGAAAUGUAUACAAACAUGAGUGUUCUAGCUCCUUUUACUCCAGUUAUUGAUCGUGGAAUACAGCUUCAUAAAAUGAUUCGACUCAUUACUCAUGCGCUUGGAGGAGAAGGCUAUCUCAAUUUUAUGGGUAAUGAAUUUGGGCAUCCUGAAUGGUUAGUCCCAAGGAAAGGAAAUAAUGAGAGUUACCAUUGCAGAAGGCAGUUUCAUUUAACCGAUGAUGACCUUCUUCGCUAUAAAUUCCUAAAUAACUUCGAGGAUAUGAAUAGAUUGGAAGAAAGAUGUGGUUGGCUUUCAGCUCCACAGGUAAGCUUUUGUGAGUGAAAGCAUGAGGGAAACAAGAUUAUUGCUUUUGAGAGAGCAGGUCUCCUUUUUAUUUUCAACUUCCACCCAAGCAAGAGCUAUACUGAUUACCGAGUUGGAACAGCAUUACCUGGAAAAUUCAAAAUUGUGCUAGAUUCAGAUGCAGCAGAAUAUGGAGGACACCAGAGACUGGACCACAGUACUGAUUUCUUUUCUGAGGCUUUAGAACACAAUGGACGUCACUAUUCUCUUUUGGUGUACAUUCCAAGCCGAGUGGCCCUCAUCCUUCAGAAUGUGGAUCUUCCUAACUGAAGAGACCUGAUCUCAGCUCCACCACAUGCACUUUGUUUUCUUCUUCUGUCACAGAGGUUUAUAAUGUAUAAGUUUUUCAAAACACAGUUUGUCUAACCAAAACAGAUUGAAAUUUAGUAUUGAUAUAUGCAACUUGAAAGAAAUAGGAAUAGGUGGGGGAGUGUGUUUCAAAUUUUAGGGAUCCAUAUUUCCAAGCCAUGUGAGCAGCUAGAAAUCAUGUCUUAAAAAUGUUUUACUUUGCAGCCAGUUAUUUGAUCCUUUUGAUUCAAAUUUGAAUUAUGCAUCAUGUAUAGUUAUUUCUGCUAAAUGUGAUACAAAGGGUUAUUUGGUGGCCUUAUUUGUUGUAAUAUCUAUCCGCCUAAAUUAGAGGUACUAAAUUUGUUUCUCUGCUUUUACAAAUUGCAUUAUAAAUAUUAUAAUAAAUAUAGAGUGAUAAUAUAAAAUUUUAAAAUUGUAUGAAAGAUAAUAUAAGGGCCCUACCUCUGGCUUAUCCAUGCCUUGUUUUACAUUAAGUUUUAUCUUGUGAUCUGUUCAUAUAGUAUUUGGUAGAUGCUGAUAUCUUAGACUUUCUGAGGAUUUAAAAUGGUAAUUGUAUUAUUUCAGAAAAUGUCUUUUGAUCAAUAAAAAAUGUGCAAGAUUG